GGCCCAUACGCCCACGCCUCCUCCGGCCUACGGUCCACCGAGAACCGGGUCCACGGCGGCACGCCAUCUCUUCUUCCUCCUCUCAUCGUCGUCGCGGGGGCUGCUCCUCUUCCUCCCGGCCUUCCAAACCCACCGCCCCGCCGGAGCCCGCCCGCUAGCUCGGCGCCGCUUCGAGGCUCCCCCGCGGCCGCUGCAUUUGCGGGUGACGUCUGCUACGAGAGCCGCGGGCGGCUGCGAGACGGGAGGUGCGCGGUCCUUGGUUCGCUGCGGCUGCGGCGAGCUGCUCCGCGCGGCCGGGCCUGGGACUGGAAAUUCUUGCAUAUAUUCAGCCCGUUAUUGGUACUCCGGUUGCUGUUGAGUGAUUGGGAAAGCUGAUUGGCCAGAAGCAUUCUUGGUCAUGGGAAGCAAUGACCCUAGCACACAGGCUCCAAAGGCAUCAGAACAAGAUCAACCUUCAGCCACUACAUCCGGGGCAACAGCUUCAGUUUACCCUGAGUGGCCCAGCUUUCAGGCCUACUCAGCAAUUCCACCACAUGGAUUCUUUCCCCCUACCGUCGCUGCAAAUCCACAGGCUCAUCCAUACAUGUGGGGAGCUCAGCCCAUGGUGCCACCGUACGGGACGCCGCCAUCACCUUAUGUGAUGUAUCCACCUGGAACAGUAUAUGCCCAUCCCUCUACACCACCUGGUAUGCAUCCAUUUAGUCAUUAUCCUAUGCCAACAAAUGGACAUGCUGAAACUCCUGGAGCUGCGCCAAGUGCUUCAGAAAUGAACGGAAAAAAUGAGCCUGGCAGAAUGUCUGCUCCAUCUGCCAAUGGGAUUACCUCCCACAGUGAGAGUGGAAGUGAGAGUGAGAGUGAAGGAAGUGACGCCAAUUCCCAAAAUGAUUCACACUCAAAGGACAAUGAUGGAAAGGAAGACGGCAGUUCUCAGAACAGCAUAUCUUAUUCAGCAUCACAGGGAAUGUUAAAUCAAACCAUGCCGAUGAUUCCAAUACAACCGGGUGCGAUGGUUGGAGUUCCAGGUUCCACAGCUAACUUGAAUAUUGGAAUGGACUACUGGGCCGCUCCUGGUUCUGCAACUGUCCCUGCAACACAGGGCAAAGCAACUUCUGGUUCAGCACGAGGAGAUCAAUGGGACGAAAGGGAACUCAAGAAGCAGAAACGAAAGCAAUCUAAUCGAGAAUCAGCACGCAGGUCCCGGCUGCGCAAGCAGGCUGAGUGCGAGGAGCUUGGGCAACGUGCUGAAUCUUUAAGGUCAGAAAACUCCUCUCUUAGAGCUGAGCUUGAACGGAUUAGAAAGGAGUACGAACAGUUACUUUCGCAGAAUGCUUCCCUCAAGGAAAAGCUGGGGGCAACCAGUGAUUCUAUUCCUGACAUGAAUGAGCAGAACGACGGCGGUGGCAGCGGCUACAAGAAGCAGCCUGAUUCCGAUGCCCAGCCUGGGAACGAGUCUUGACCUGUUUAGCUCAGGAUUGUUGACACGGCAUUGCUAUUUAUUUCCUUGAACAAUACCGAACAGAAAAUAGGGAAGAUGGGAGAAAAUUAUGUACACAGUUCUACGUCAAAUGACUAAUAUUUCUAACGGCAUUUGCACAUAUGCCCAUCA